GAUGAAGAGUUGAUUCUCGUAUAAGUAACUACCUAAAUAUGAAUAACCAGCAUAUUUGUUUAUAGUGGUUAUGUGAUCUCCCUAUAGAAAGAUACAUAAUGUGUCACUUUUCUAAUCAUGGAACAAAACAACAAGUUUGGAGUUGCCAUGUGUACUGGUGGAAAUGAUAGAUAUUAACACAUUACGCCUGCGCAUAUUUUGUCUAGUCUUGUCAAUAUGUUUGUCUUUUAGAUUUUAUUUUUCAUGAACUGAAGGGAUUCAGAGAAUGAUCGCACAACGAUCUGGUAGCAGCCUUCGUGCUGUAGAAGAGGAAGAUAGUCGAUCACAUAGUCCUAUACCCCUAGCACUAAAUUGGCUCAAAACUCUGGUUCUACUGAUAGUACUCAUCGGGUAUCUCUUUGCUGGUGCUUUCAUCUUCACUGCUCUCGAGCAAAAACCAGCCUACAAAGCCGCCGAUGAAUUCAAACAUUUUCUAAUUGAAUUAGCAGAAGAGAACGAUUGCCUCGACGAUGACGAUGUUAAUGACUUGAUGGGCAUCGUGUCUCGAGCUAUCGGUGAAGGGUCAUACCAUGCUGGUUAUACAUCCACAGAAAUGUUUCAUCAAAAUGCUUUCGGAGAGGAACAUUGGUCGAUUCACCAUAGUUUUAUGUUCUCCUUCACAGUUGUGACUACAAUUGGAUAUGGCAAACUGGCCCCUCGUACGGCGCUUGGUGAGUACUUCUGCGUCUUCUUCGCUGUCUUCGGCAUAACGAUGAUGGCCGCUCUUCUCUUCACAGUUGGCGAGAUAUUUCAGUAUCUUCAUUCCCGCUUAUUCCAUGCAACCAAGAAAUGGAUCAGAUGCCAGAAUUUCAAGAUAUCACACCCUCGAAUCAAGAAUGUUGUUUGCGUCAUCAACGGCCUCAUUGUCGCCUAUGUAUCAUUGGUCUUGCUGUCGACUGUUAUUUUUAGUUACACACAGGGAUGGUCAUUUAUCAACAGUCAUUACUUUUCCAUUAUCUCGUUGUCAACUAUUGGAUUUGGUGAUCUGGUGCCAGAAGGUCUCCAUUCCUUUCAGAACAUUCCAUUUGUAGCUUUUAUUCAGUGUAUCCUAUGUAUAUACGUAACCAUCUGUAUGGGCAUGAUUUCUACUGUUCUAAACAGUGUACAAAGAAAACAAACUCGUAUCUCUAAUAGUGUUACUCGAAAGGUUGAACAUUCUGCUUUUUGGAAACGUCUACAGCAUCAGUUUAAGCAGGAAGAGGAUAUCACGACGGGUACCACUGAGCGGAGGAGAUCGUCGUCGGAACGGUGGACGAGAAUCAGAAUGAGUGUAAACUACAAUGAAAGAACUCGUGAAACUCUUCUAAGAAUACACAGACGAAGUAUACAAUCAAGGAUGCAACAGAAAAAAGACAGCAAAGAAGGGAGUAGCACAAUUUGAUCUCGAGAACAUAAACUAAUGGAGGGGGGUAUAUGGAACCGUGUGGUCAAUCUCAUUGCAGGGCUAAUCAAGUGUCUCAUUUUACCCCUAUAGGAGAGAACACCCUCAAAAACUUAAUCAUAACAUGCGUCUAUUCAUGGGGCGGCGCCAAGGUAUUAUAUAAUUUUUUUCUCAAUCGAAUAGAAAUGCAAUAGAGUUGUGCCUCUUUUUUUAUUAAUUCUCCUCCUUAUUUUCUUUUCUGUCAGACUUUCAUCAUUCGAAAAAUAUCAUAGGGGCGUCUUGCCUUGUCGCUUUUGUCUCACGGCCAUUGUGUUCAUUGUCUUGCAAAGCUACUUGUUUUAAACCAACGAACUCAUUAACCUGUACCAGUAACCAAUAAUAAUAAUAAUGAUAACAAUAAUACAUAUGAUUUAUAUAGCGUCUUUUCCAUUUUGAUUAAAUGCUCAAGGUGCUUAGAAGAGAGCAAAACAUAAAAGUAAACUCCAUCUAUAUUAAUUCCAAGAAUGGAAAAUCAAUAUUUUUAUUGAGGGUGUGCUUUUCAAAGGAGGAAAUGAACGAAAGCGUAUCAUGUUCUAAAAGAGAGAGAGAGGGGGGGGGGGGGUGACAAAGAAACGAACGAAAUAUCAUGGAGCGUAAUAUAUAGAUUAUCCAAAUGUCGCCUAAAUUUUAAAGCAAUAGAUCGAGGGGGUCGGGUGGGGCUAGAAUAGGGGGAGAGGUGGGUUAAGGCUUCCCUUAAAAAAUACUUUCUCCCAGGUUGUUGUGUUAUUGACGAUGUUUUUGUUUUGACUUUUUUUCAAUUAUAAUUUCGUGACUGUCAUAAUUGCGAUUUGAUCAUUUCUGUACUACGACUGUUAUUGUGUCAUAAAAAAGAUGUAUUUAUAAUUAUGUUUAUGGAUUAGCAUGUAUAUAUUUUGAAGAUUUUUUUUUUUAACACAAAAAAAAUAAAUACAUAUUAUUAUCAUACCACUAGUAGGUAAUAUACGAUUUAUAUAUUUUGUUUAUCAUUUUGUUCAUGAAAACAUUUAUAUAUUUGCGUGUCAAUGUUUUUCCUUCCUGUCAUUCUAACAACAAGUUGUUCAAACUUUUUUGUAAUUGUUUAAUCUUCUUAAACAACUUGUCCUAAAGUUUAAACAGUUGUUUAAAAGUUUAAAGAAUAUUUGUUAGAGUGAUGGGCUUAAACAACGUGCUCAAAAUUUUAAACAGCGUUUUUACAGUGUUUCAAUGUCAAAAUGUGAUUUGAUGAUUUUGUAUGCAUUGUGAUUAUAAUUUUAUGUUAUGAGAGAAAUUCAUAAAAACUAUCAUUAAAAACAGACUGCCGAAUGUGACCACUUUGUUCACUUCUUGAAAAAAAAAGUCAUAUCGAGAACUCCCCCUAUAUAGUGCCGCGUGUCCCUAUUUCAGUAUGAAAUUCAGUAUAUGCCUACAUGUAUUUCGAAAUGUAUAAAUGUACAUUCUGUCUCAAAUUUGCAAAAUUAUAUUGCUUCAAAAAACAUCCUGUUAAAGCUAUCAGAAAAUGACAGGUAACAAUGUCAAUUUUUAUUUUUAAAUAACUUCAAAUAUCAUGUCACUUUCCUUUAAAAUACCAUGCUUAAAGAGAGUAUUUCAAAACAACGUUCCAUAAUUAUCAUACAGGCUCCGUGCGCUUGCACACUUCAAUGUCAAAAUUUAGCACUUCGUCUAAGUUCAACAUUAAUAUUCAUGUAUUUUAUGCUAUUUAAUAUUUGGAAAUUAUUUGUGUAUUAUGCAUUUAUUAUUCGAUGAGAUAUUUUACGUCAUGCAUUAUCGUUAUUUCAGUAAACUAAUAAAGAUAUAAUUCAAUAAAAGUCAG